AUGUAAAAAAUAGCUCUCUUAGCUUUGGUUCUUGCUGUGACUGCUGCAAAGUUCAUAGAUACCCAUACCACAUUAGCUUAAAUCAACGCUGACCCAUUCGGACACGUUGUUUUGAGUGCCAUUAAGGCUCACCUUUAAGCCUCAACACCUGCCAAUGAAGUUAAUAUGUUAUUGAAUGGGGUUGGUGCUGGCCUUGUUUAAGAUUAAAAUGACCAUGACCAUGCAUUUGAACUUGACACCACAACCAAUAAUAGAGUAAGAAUAUUAAAAUAUACUAGAUCGUUGAAGAUUUGGAAAAGGAAAUCUUGUAUCAUUAAAACUAAAUUGCCUCAAAUACUUAAUUGAGAGAUGACACUAUUGAAGCUCUUGCCGUCUCUGAAGAAGAUAUCAGAGUCACAAUUUAAGAUAUUGCUAACAACGAAGCUACCUAUGCUAGAGAGGAAGCCACCAGAAAUCAAUAACACGAAACCUUCGUUGCUAAGGUUGCUGCUAUUGAUGAUGUUAUUGAUGCUAUCGAUGAAGCUGCCAAACUCAUUUAACACCUCAGUCUCGGAGCAUCAUUUGCCUAACUCAAGUCCAAAUAUGAUGUCCUCCACAAGAAGCUCUCAGAUAACACAUCCCACACUGCCUUAUUACAAGUAUCCUUCUAUAUUUACUCUCUUAGCCAGUUAUCACUGCUCUUACUGAAUUAGCCACCCACGGAGUUAACUAAAAAGCUUUGACCAAAAUUGCUUAACUUUUGAGCGAAAUCAGAUAAUAAUUAGUCUAAGAAAAGGCUGCCAAGACAGUAUUUAUUUAAUAUUAAUAUUUAAGGACGUUGAGGAUAGAUAAGCUGCUCAUUGGGCUGAAUUCUCAGUUCAUUUAUCCAAUGAACACACCAGAUUGGUUGAAAGAAAAGCUUAAUUAGAAGUCUAAAUCUAAGAAUAAAAGGACACAAUUGAAGAUGCUUAAUCAUGGAUCGAAUUCCACACUCUUGAAUUAGAAAAUAGUGAAGAAAGACUUGCUGGAUAAUAAGCUUGGUAUGCAGUCUAAUCAGAAAUCUAUGAAACAUAAACUGCUGAAAGGUAUUCUAACUUUUCUAAUCCUCUAGAACUGCCUAAUAAGAAAUUGUUGACAGACUCUAAGAGCACAUCAGUGAGAAGUUAUCCACCACUGCUCAAUUCAUCGCCAGCAGAAAUUGAUUU